GUUGGCGCCACUGGCUGUCACUGUCGUCUGCUCCACGAAGAGAGAGUUGGGGGAGAGUUUCCAGAGUCAUCAGGCGCGAUAUUUGCACGGGAUUGCCAUCAAAAUUCAGUAUAUCUUAUCAAGUAGUGCUAGACAGUUCACUCCACCCUAGCAUAAUCAUUCCGUGCAGUGAUCCCUUACCUUUAGUGAAUUUUCUGUGGCCUCAAAAUGAGCCUUCGCCUUCCGCAGACACUCUCAACCAUCUCCAGGUACUUCCGGAAAGCACCUGUGCGGUGUUCUACAUUCCCAAGGCGGCUUGAUGCCACAUCAAAGAGCCUGUCGACAGGAUUGCCGAAGUUGGACAAGGAAGAAGUUGAUGUGACGUUCGUCAAGGCAAAUGGGGAACGAAUAAAGGCAAAGGCUAAAGUUGGUGAUACUCUCCUGGACACUGUGGUGAACAACAGCAUUGAUUUGGAGGGUUUUGGGGCGUGCGAAGGCACUCUCACUUGUUCCACGUGCCACCUUAUCUUCAAACAGAAGGACUUCGAUCAACUACCCGAAAAACCGAGUGACGAAGAACUCGAUAUGCUGGAUUUAGCAUAUGACCUGACGGACACCUCUCGUCUGGGAUGCCAAAUCACUCUUACAAAGUCCAUGAAUGGUCUCGAGGUACAAGUUCCAGCCACAAUUAACGAUGCCAGGAGCUAGUCCAGCUCCCAAUGCCGCUCACUAAUUACCUGGGGGAGAUGAAAAGAACAAAAUUUACUAAGGCUUACCUCUCGGCAAGCACCAAAUUGUGCAUGAAUGCACUUCCUGUCUGCAAAGGAUAACCACAGCCAAAAUCCCCAAGAAAAAAUGGGCCAGGAUUAUCAAGGGAGAAAGAUAACUAUUUAAUAGAAAAACCUUCAGUUUUUUUUUGUUUGUUAAUCAAUUUUAUUUGAGUUAUUCUUUAUGUGGAAAUAGAAAAUUUUUUAUUACAAAAAAUAUUGUAUUUUUCACCGUUGCAAAGGAUUCUGCUUUGUUGGAAGUUCUCCUGAAAAAUAUCUUACCUGGUGAUUACCAGUGAAUACUUUCCUAAAAGUCAUUGCAUUUGUUGUCUAAUUCUGUUAUCAAUUUUGAGAGGGUCGCUGAUAAACUCAGAAAUUUUUCAUCUCUUUGUUUUCUGCACAUUGUUUCCGUGUUACUUGAGUUAAGCAUUUAUUUUGAUAUUUAAUGAAAAAUUCUAUGCUAUAAAAUAUUUUAGACCAACGCGUUCUCUGAUUGGCUGGAGCUUGAAAGCUUUCAAAGCUCCAGCCAAUCAGGAAACGCAAAAAGCACUGAAAUAUUUAGUGGAAUUAAAUAUUUGAUCUCGUGAUGAAUAAUGCUUUGUUUCCAUUAUUCCUUAAGAUUAAAUUAUAAAUAAAUAAAAAAAUGCAGUUUAGAAACCAGACAUCAAAGUGAGUGACUUGUAAAAUUAGCUGAUUGAUCAAGAGGAUUUCGUGUUAUCAGAACUUGACCUUCCGAUUUCAUUAUCACCUUCUGCAAAUCAUUCAAAUGAGACAACAAAAAAAUUUUUAAAUUGUCUUAGGAUGUUGUGUAAACAGUCGUAUAAUUUUACUAUGAAAUGCAGAGGAAUUUAUCACAUAUUCAACAUAAAUUGUGAGCUACAAAGUACGCACUAUCUACAUCUACCAUCCAGUUAUUUCUUUAAUUCAAACUUGAGCUAAUUUUGAAGAAUUGAAACGUAUAAAAUGAACUAUAAGUACAAAUUAUCUCACAACCUGAAAUUUACACUAUUAUUUUUUCCUAAACACUGCAAUGAGAAAGCUCAUCGCAGCAAAAAGAGUUUAAGUACCGUGUGACGUAAGAAACUAUACCUACAAAAAAUGUUCAAGUGAAUACAUACAAACAAUAAAUUACGCAAUAUAUUUCUCUCUCAUUGUGAUGAAUGAAAUUUCUGGUCAAUUGGAAAAUUGCCAUAAAGACAGUAACAAAAAAAAACCUCCAAAAACAAUCGCGAAGCACGUGUAACAAAAGUCUCCAAAAAUUCGACCAAUAUUACUCGAUAUUAUACUGGAUAAAAGACCUCAAUUUUAAAGAAUAUUAAGGUGAUUUCGGAGAAAGUUUUGCAAAUCGUGACAUGAAGAUUUGAUAUUCUCAACAAGCUAACAUGAUGGUAUAUUUCUUUAGAGUAUAUUUGUUAUUUAAGAAAAACACAUCAUAUCAAUUAUUAUUCAAUUUACACAACAACUAGCUUGUUCUUUUUUUAUUAACAUACAUUGAGUAAAAGUAAAAAUAUAAGAGGAUGCGGCAAAUUCAUAAAUCAAUUUCGGAUUGUUUUUUUUUUUUCAAAUUGUUGUAUUGCAAGGGAAAAUAAAAGUAUAACUUCUGAGGUAUAGUUGGGUGCAGGCCUAAUAAAAAAAAAAUCACUUAUAUCAUUUAUCACUCAAUAGAGCCUAUAAAGAGAGCAAUAUAAUAGUCCAUUGACUUUUUGGUAGGGGACGGUGGAGCAAUUUCGUGUAUAAAUUACUGAUCCGUUAACCCUUUAACGACGAGACAGUUUUCGCCGUUUUCGCGGACCGAAAAUCAGCAAUAAAAAUGAAACCAAUGAACAAAAUCAGUAAAAGGUCUUACAUCUAGCCUUAGAAAAUCCAACAGAGCCUGAUUCGGUGUAUUUUACAAUACCAAUGAAUGAUAAUUUUCACUUUAAUGAAAAAUAUUAUGUUUGAGUAGGGUAAAAUGAGGUAAUUUGGGACCAUUUACAAUUUGGGACAUUUAAGAUUUUCUCACUGUUUUAGAGAUUUAAAAGGAAUAGAAGCUGUUCCUUUUCUUCUUAAUCGUCUUUUUCUUCUAUUUCGCGGUCUUUGUUUUCUCUUUGUUCAUCUGAAACAAUGAGAAAAUCUCAAAUGUCCCAAAUUGUAAAUGGUUCCAAAUUACCUCAUUUUACCCUAUUGUAGUUUCUUUUCCCAAAACGGUUUUGCAUUAAAAAAAAAUUGUAAGUAUAAAAAAUAAUUAAAAUUAAUUUUCAUUAUGACUAUUUAAAAAUCGUCAUUUUUAAGCAUAAACAUUUACUAUUUAGCAAAUAGCUAGAGACUUGCAAAAAAUAUCGUAGAUUCAUUCAACCUUCUACUUUGCAAUUGCGUACAAACAUAAGAAAAAAAUAACUCUAGGUAGUUAGGAAAAAUUAUUUUCUUUAUGGGACACCGGUGUUCCAAUCGUCCUUAAACGGUUAAAACAGUUUUGUAAAAAAUAAUAAACGAAUCGAAAUCUUAAUAGGACAUAUUUGAAGUUUAAACUUUUAUGUUUUUUUAUGAGUAAGGGAUAAGUGGGUUGUCUUUGAAUUGGGACACCUUUGAAAUAGGUUUUUUUCUCCUUAUAAAUCCGAGCCAUUUUAUAGUGUAAUUUACUUUCACAAUUAGUUUAUAGACCUAAAUUAUGGCAAGGUUAGGUCCAGUCUAAGUUCCUGUUUCAUUUCAAAAUAGGAGAAAAAAACCCUAUUUCAAAGAUGCCCUAAUCCAGGCCUGUGUUAAAAUAAAAGCCGAGGUGAAUUUGGUGGUGCCAGUUGGGAUUCUUCGAAAUGCCGCGAAAAUUCACGUAGAGAAAAUGAGAGGU